AUGCACCUUCUCGCACCCUUAUCCAGCCCGGUUCGCAUGCGUCAUGGCAGCCAGCACGUCGAAUCCGCAAGUGGUGACGCAGCGCUGAGCCUGCCUGAUGAGCCGAAGAUCCCAUUGCAAAACAGCACCGCCGCUCAAAUCGCUCGUAGUCAUCCAGCAUGGUUCUCUGCAGCCGCCAAUGGCUUUGAAGAGACCUUUGCGAGCGAGGCGGCUUGGAUUGCACCGGCGGCUGGACACAAUGUGGGCGCGAACUCAUCCAUCAUAGAGGCAUUCAAUGGCAGCUGCAAGGCUGACCUGGAGAACAGGGAUAUCCCUCCGGUUGUCUGGGCUCCACCAAGCACCCUCGGCGACAUCAGGGCGCAUCCAGCAUGGCAGUCUGCUUCUGUCAGCUUCGAUGCAUCGCUCGCAGGGGAGCUCAGCGUCCUGCCACCUAUCCCGGCUCUUCAUCCAUCAUCUUCAAUCAACGAGGUCCUCCGCUCAAUCUUUGCGGCUGAGCUUGCCGUCGAGCCAGAUGCCCCGACAUCGACACCUCAUCAUUCGUCGCCUCCUUCCCUCGCCUUGCCAACCUCCUUCGCCCGUCCUCGCCAAUUCCUCGCCGCUCCUCAUCCAUGGUCCCUCUGCUCCCGCCACGUCCUCCGCUGCCACCACCUCAGCCUCUCUCCUCCUCCUGCCGCGCCUCCCGCUGCCCCUCCCGCUGCGCACCUGCCCAUCGUCGAGCCUUUUCCGGUUGUUGCGCCUGCGACCUUGCGCAAUCUCAAAAAGCGCAUUGUUGCAUACGAGCGUCCACUCAGUCAACGGGACGUAGAGGCGUAUCAGAAGAGGGACCGUUUCCGCGGCCAUGAGCUCAGCGAGGCAACGCUUCGAGCGCUGGUCAGCACGGCAAAGCGCCUGGUCUUUGCCCCCGUCCCCAUCGACACCCAGGCGCUCAAGGCCGCGUUGGACGAUGGCAGCUACCAGACGGUGUGGCCGGCAAUGGUGGCUCAGGCUGUCCCCGGGCUAUCGCUCGACGUCUUCGAGCACACGGAGAAGACGUACCACCUCCUCUUCGGCGCCCUCAGGAUCGUCGCCCCCUCGCUGGACCAGGUCUGGCAAUUCGACCAGCAAGGGCGCAAGACGGGCCACACGGAGCAGACCGUGGUGCUGGCACCUGCUGGAUUCCAGCGUCGACGCAGUCAGCAGCCUGCCCUCUCUGCCCUCUUCUUCUGCUGCGCUCAGCUCAACAGGCUGCGUUUAGCAACAGACGUGGCGCUGUUGGAGGACAUCCUCAACGGCACAUACUGGCUGGCAAAGCGUUACGCAGAGUCUGGACUGGCCGAGGACAGGAGGAGGCUCACUUCGCUCCAGAGAGCUGUCAACCGGGAGUUGCAUGCGCUGGUCGCUGCGGACGGGACUACGUGGCCGCACCUCAGCAAGCUGGCGGAGAUGGUGGCGGAGCACCACGAGGCUGUCGUUGCACACCCACGCAACCCGGCACACGGCAUCGUGCGAGCUGCUCAUGGGUUCAACACGGACUUUCGCGCGCAAGAGAGGUUGAAGGAAGGGCCGCUACUGGCUGCCAGCCUGCGCGCCGACGGCGAAGUGAGCGACACGAUGGUCAAGGCCACGAUCUCGUUGCUGCGCCGCGCCACCGAUGUUGUUUGCGAGGAAUACGGUGUCGCCCGGCCCCGCAACGCUGAUGGGGUGGACACGCUGCUAUGGCGAGGGGCGCAGUCUGCGGAUCUCAUCCGCCUCAUCAUCCUGUCGUGGCAGCGAGGAAUGACCGCGUGCGACCUCGCUGUCCUCAAGCGCAAGGGAGUCUUCGUGUGGCAGGCUGGGGCUUGGUGGAGGCUCUUCGUCAUGCUGUCCGCAUGCUGCGCUCGCUGUAGGGUUCGGGAUCGCCUCACAGGUCUCGCCUUUGACACCACCGGUCGAACCUGGCACCCUCUGAGGGCAACGAUGAUGGCCCACAAGGACCACACUCGCCGCUUCUUCGAGGGCACCGAGAACCUCCAGCUAGCCACUCUCGAUGCCGAAAGUGUGCGCCGCAUUGAGGCUCCCAACGCUACGGCGCAGCUGCAAUCGGGAAACGACAUGAUCAAGUCAAACCCACUCAGCACCAUCAUGGCCUUCCUUCAGCAUAGCCGUGCGGGCGCGUAG